UUCAAGGGGAGAACUUUGAGUUCCUAACGAGGAGGUGGGUAACCAGGAGAAACUGUGGGGAUCCGUUAGCAGGGGAACAGGUCUUUGGUAGAUGGGAAUCGAAGGGGUGUGGAUACUGGAGAAUUUGGGGGCUUUGUAAAAAGCAGCUGGGGGCGCAAAGCAGGAGGCCCAGUCGUCCACUUCCUACCUAAAUAAUCCCUCCUCUUCUCCCUUAGGCAAUGUGGCUGGAGGUAGGGGGCCUACUGCGGGGGACCCGUGGACAACUGGGCUGGGCUGCUGGUCUGCUAUGUGCUGCCCUGGGUCCUAGGCCCCACCGUUGGUGUCAUCAGCAUGGCCCCGGAAGAGGCCUGAGUGAGGAGAAUAUUCGAAGGGCACGGGAGACCCGUCUCAGGAAGACACCCCGAACCCAGCUGAGUGAUCGCUCCCGAGAACGCCAGGUGCCCGCCUCCCGCAUCAGUCGCUUGGCCAGCUUUGGGGGACUGGCUGUGGGAUUGGGGCUGGGAGCUCUGGCUGAGGUGGCCAAGAAAUCCCUGCCAGGAGGAAGUCUGCAGUCAGAGGGCGGCUCCCGGAUGGACUCCAGCCCUUUCCUGUCAGAGGCCAACGCCGAGCGGAUCGUGCACACCUUAUGUACAGUGCGGGGUGCUGCCCUCAAGGUCGGCCAGAUGCUCAGCAUCCAGGAUAACAGUUCCAUCAGCCCCCAGCUACAGCACAUCUUCGAGCGGGUCCGCCAGAAUGCUGACUUCAUGCCCCGAUGGCAGAUGCUGAAAGUUCUCGAAGAGGAGCUGGGUAGAGACUGGCGGACCAAGGUGGCCUCCCUGGAGGAGGUGCCUUUUGCUGCUGCCUCAAUUGGGCAGGUGCACCAAGGAAUGCUGAAGGAUGGGACAGAAGUGGCCGUGAAGAUUCAGUACCCAGGCGUUUCCCAGAGCAUCCAGAGUGAUGUGCAGAACCUGCUGGCCGUGCUCAAGAUGAUCAUAGCCCUGCCAGAUGGCCUGUUUGCUGAGCACAGCCUGCAGGCCCUGCAGCAGGAGCUGGCUUGGGAGUGUGACUACCGUCGUGAGGCAGCUUGUGCCCAGAACUUCAGGCAGCUGUUGGCAGAUGACCCCUUCUUCCGGGUGCCGGCUGUGGUUGAGGAACUGUGCACAAAGCGGGUGCUGGGCAUGGAACUAGCCGGAGGUGUCCCCCUAGACCAGUGCCAGGGACUGAGCCAGGACAUCCGGAACCAGAUUUGCUUCCAGCUCCUGAGGCUGUGUCUACGCGAACUGUUUGAGUUCAGAUUCAUGCAAACAGAUCCCAACUGGGCAAAUUUCCUGUAUGAUGCCUCCAUCCAUCAGGUGACCCUGCUGGACUUUGGUGCAAGCCGGAAAUUUGGGACGGAGUUCACUGAUCAUUAUAUCGAGGUGGUGAAGGCUGCAGCUGAUGGAGACAAAGACCAGGUCCUGCAGAAAUCCCGGGACCUCAAAUUCCUCACCGGCUUUGAAACCAAGGCUUGUACUGAUGCUCAUGUGGAAGCAGUGAUGAUCCUCGGGGAGCCCUUUGCUGCCCCUGGCCCCUAUGACUUCGGUGCAGGCGACACUGCCCACCGCAUCCAAGGCCUCAUCCCUGUGCUGCUGCAGCACCGGCUGCGUCCACCACCUGAGGAGACCUACGCCCUGCAUCGCAAGUUGGCAGGGGCCUUCCUGGCCUGCUCCCGCCUCCAAGCCCACGUUGCCUGCGGGGACCUCUUCCAGGAUACCUACCACCGCUACUGGGCCAGUCGCCGCACAGCCACCAUCGGCAGCCUCCUGACCAGAAGGGAUCUCCCUGCGGACCCCAUGACAGCCUCCAUGUGGUGAUUCCUGCUCCUUAGCGGACCACCCCCUGCUAUGGCUCUUCUUGUCCUUUACCCUUCUGCCCUGGUUUCGAAGAAGUCCCCUCCUUGGCCCUGGAGCUCAGGAACACUUGGGACUAGAGAACUCCGAACUUCAUUUUCAGCUCCUCCCGCUCCAAAGUGGGCAUCCGGGAACCCUAAAUCAGGGAACCAAUUAGCUGAAUUCUGCCAUCUGCCAUCUGAGCGGGUCCCGGCCCGCCCUGCAUGCCUUCAUGAAGAGCCACUCUUCUAGGGGCGACACUCCGCACCUCUGCUCAGGUCUCCUUGGAUCCGGCGGCGAAAGGGGAGAUGGUUGGUGAAGGCAGCCCUCACCUUUGCCUCUCUCACCCUUCCACCAGCUGCCUUCUCCCGGGUUCCAGCCUCUCUGUAUUGAGGGGUGGGGGACUGCCCCUUCCCUCCCAAUAAAAGCGCCCCUCCCCUUCCCCCAGCUCUUUUCUCUGCAAUGAGG